CCCAUCUCUCUUCCAUUACAGAUCAUCAUCACCGAAGACGUUAGCUAGCUAGCUUUGUUGUUGGAUCAUCAGAGAGAAGAAAGGUUUCGAGUAGCAAAGGCGUUAAUUAAGAGGAUAUUCAUGGCGACGACAGUGGGAAGAAACAUAGCAGCACCAUUGCUGUUCUUGAAUCUGGUUAUGUACCUGAUUGUGCUUGGUUUUGCAAGUUGGUGUAUCAAUAGAUACAUCAACGGCCAAACCCACCACCCAAGUUUUGGAGGCAACGGAGCAACGCCGCUCUUCUUGACGUUUUCCAUAUUGGCGGCAGUGAUAGGGAUAACAUCGAAGUUGGCCGGAGCUAAUCAUAUUAGGUUUUGGAGAAACGAUAGUCUCGCCGCUGCCGGGUCUACUUCCAUCGUUGCAUGGGCCGUCACAGCUCUAGCCAUGGGGUUGGCAUGCAAGCAAAUAAACAUAGGAGGGUGGAGAGGAUGGAGAUUGAAGAUGAUUGAAGCCUUCAUUAUAAUCUUGACGUUCACCCAACUGCUCUACCUCAUGUUGAUCCAUGCCGGUUCACUUAGCAGCAAAUAUGGUCCCGGCUACAGAGACCAAGAUUAUGCUACAGGCCAAGGUCAUGGUCAUGUACCACACACUGCUGGCGAGCACAAGGCUGGUGUUGGAACUACUAUGGCCCUUUAAUUUUAAGUUUGUGUGUUUAAUAUCGUGUUUGACUUUUGGAUAGUAAUUAAGUACCCCUAUGAUAGAUAAAUUAGUUGUGGUUUUCGAAGUUUUAUGUAAUAAUGUAAUUCUAUCCAUCUGACGAACGGAAGAAACCUUCUGUGGUCUUUUUGUUUAAGUUAUGGUUUUGUGUUUGA